ACUGGAGGCACCUUUUCCCCAUAAUCGCUCUUUCAGGACUGAAUUUCCUUCUGAGGGGUAGAUUUUCUCACUUCCCGUUGUCUCACCCCUGUCAUGCUGCUUUGGUCAGGCCACACCUAGAAUACUGUGUCCAGUUCUGGACAUCACGAUUUACAGGAGAUGUUGACAAGCUGUAAUGUGUCCAGAGGAGGCUCUGGAGAACAAGCCCUAUGAGGAACGGCUUAAAGAGCUGGGCAUGUUUAGCCUACAGAAGAGAAGGCUGAGAGGAGACAUGAUGGCCAUGUAUAAAUAUGUGAGGGGAAGUCAAAGGGAGGAGAGAGCAAGCUUGUUUUCUGCUGCCCUGGAGACUAGGACGUGGAACAACAGCUUUAAACUACAGGAAAAGAGAUUCCAUCUGAACGUCAGGAAGAAUUUCCUCACUGUGAGAGCUGUUCAGCAGUGGAACUCUCUGCCUCGGAGUGUGGUGGAGGCUCCUUUUUUGGAGGCUUUUAAGCAGAGGCUGGAUGGCCAUCUGUUGGCGGUGCUUUGAAUGCGACUUUCCUGCUUCUUGGCAGGGAGUUGGACUGGAUGGCCCACAAGGUCUUUUGCUCAUUUCUACAUUAGAAUGGGAUGUGAAGUGACUGCAACCCCCAACACAGUGCAGCCAAGGUCAGUACCACAAGCACGGCUGUUCAAAAUGAAUGUAUAUUGCCCAUGAGCACUAGCAAUUAAUGGUCGGUAACACUUUGGCGAUGUCAAAGGUUUGUGUCAUUUUUGGAGGCUCUCGCGGUAUCGGUCAGGCUGUUGCCCAGCUGCUGGCACAGAAAGGAUAUCGCCUGGCUCUUGCAGCAAGAAAUUUGGAAUUGGCUCAGACUACUGCAAAUAGUCUAGGAGCAAGUCAUUUAGCAUUUAGCUGCGAUGUUUCUAAAGAAGAAAACAUCCAAAACACGUUUAAAGAAAUUGAGAAGAGCUUAGGACACAUAAGCUAUCUGGUUAAUGCUGCAGGUAUUAACAGGGAUGGCUUGUUAUUACGAACUAAGGCUGAAGAUAUGGUAUCCCAGCUUCAUACCAAUCUUUUGGGAACAAUGCUGACAUGCAAAGCUGCAGUGAAGAAUAUGAUUCAACAGGAGGGUGGUGCUAUUGUUAACAUAGGAAGCAUUGUUGGACUGAAGGGCAACUCAGGUCAGAGUGUAUAUAGUGCCAGCAAAGCGGGAUUAGUUGGAUUUUCACGCUCUCUUGCCAAAGAAGUAGCAAGAAAGAACAUUCGAGUUAACAUGGUUGCCCCAGGCUUUAUUCAUACAGAUAUGACGGCACAUUUAAAAGAAGAAAAACUGAAGAAAGCUAUUCCUCUCGGAAGAUUUGGGGAGCCUCAUGAAGUUGCCAGAGCAGUUGUAUUUCUUCUGGAAUCGCCAUAUGUAACAGGUCAUGUUCUUGUUGUAGAUGGAGGUUUACAACUUCUGAUUUAAAAGCCAUUAUAACCAUAAUCUUGAACUACGGGGGGGAACGCAGUCGAAAAUAAAUUGGAAUGAUACCUAUUUUGCCAUGAUAGGAAAUAAAAUUGCAGUUUCUGGAUACAUUUGUAGACAACUUUAAAAUUAUGCGCUUACAUUACAGUGUGGAUUUUGAUAAAUUAGUUGAUAUAGCAGCUAAUAAAAUGCAAGUUCAGGGUUCCAUUUAUGUUCUGGGUGUAUGUUUAAAUGUUCCAGAGAAUUAAUACAAAUAAUAUCUAACAUUAAAAUUGGUGAAGGUUGCCACAAAUUGGUAAUGGCUUAAGGGCAUACAGCAACCAUGUGAUUCCUGUGGGGUUGGAAAUUGUGGACCUUCUUUUCUGUUUUCACUGAAGAAGAUCCAUCUGUGACUCUUUGACAGCCAUGGAGCUAUUCACAAGGUAAUUUAGGGUAGUGAGUGGAGAGCCAAGGACUGAAGAAUGUCCCCCCCCCCCCUCUCAAUAAUCCAUGAUGCUGCAAACAGACGUGGAAAUUAUGGGAGUUCAAUUACAGGUGUUGUUCUAUCCAAUUGGAAGUAGUGGAGGAUGUGGGAGAAAGAAAAAUUGCUUCACUUUCAGCUCUAACUUAGGAAGUCUUCAUAGCUUUGUUGCAGCACAACUGAGUGUUAUAUCUAUUCUCUAUUUUUGAAAACAAUGACGAAUUCAGCACAGUAUUUGUAACUUAAGAAUGAUGAGUCCAUUACUGAUUUGUGUUCAUGAAGGCAUCGUGCAGUUGGCCCACCUCAUUUGUGAGUUUAACUUUUGCAGCUUUUAUUCACUGAUUUAAUUAAAAUGUUUUCUCUAGGGAUCUCUAGGUAUUUCAGCGUGACUUUAUGAUCAACCUUUACCAAAAGUUGACCAUAGUGUUGUGCUGGAGAACCUAAAGAUUCCUAGAGAGAACACAUUUCUAGGCUUUGAUAGAACCUCCAAUGCAAUUCUAUAGUUAGACGUGGACUAUAGAAUAAUUCUGGAGGACCUAGAGAUUCUUAGAGCGAUGCUCUGUCAGGUUAAAAAAAAUAAAGUUUUUAGAAUUCAUGGUUUUUCCAUUUUCAUGGGGAUCCUGAGCCUAUAUCUGCUGCAGAAGUGGAUGGUGUAUCAUAUUGACGAUUUAUUUAUUUAUUUAUUUACAGUAUUUAUAUUCCGCCCUUCUCACCCCGAAGGGGACUCAGGGCGGAUCACAUUAUAACACACAUAGGGCAAACAUUCAAUGCCCAUAAACACAUCAAACAGAGACUGAGAGACACACGCAGAGGCAAGUUAACGUUCUUCUGAGGGGAUGUUCGAUUCUGGCCACAGGGGGGAGCAGCUGCUUCAUCAUCCACACUGACGGCACUUCCUCAUACCAGGUCGUAAAUUAGUUAAUCUUGCCUCCCCACUUUUUUUAUUAGUGGUACCUUAUCUCCUACUUGAUAGAUGCAACUAUCUUUCGGGUUGCUAGGUCAGCAACGAGCAGGGGCUAUUUUUUAUUUUUAAUUGACGGGUGCUCACCCCGCCACGGGCUGGCCUCGAACUCAUGACCUCAUGGUCAGAGUGAUUUAAGGCAGCUGCUCAACAGCUGCGCCACAGCCCGGCCCCCGAUUGUGGCACUAUUGCCAUGAUUGUGAGAAGUCCCCCAAUACUACCUUAAUGGCCUUCAGCUGCUGCAAGCAAUGGUGCAGCAGACUGCCAUUUCCAUGCUUGCUACUGCCAGCAAUCCUGGAAAUAGGAAGAAUUGCAACCGAGCUUCUGCUUCUGAUCAUUGCACAGGAAAUCCCUAACAGGAGAGGGAUUGAAAUGGCAGCCUACCGCAUCCAGGUCAACAGAAUAGACCUCCAUCACAUGCAGUGACUUAUGGCUAUUGGGAUAGGAAUAAGGUGGCUAUGAUGGUAGUGAUGGUAGUGGGGUCAGAGAUGCUAUUUUGGUAGCAAAACUAGCAUCUCGGGCAGUGUCUUGUGUCAUCUUACAACUGAUUGUGACAUUAGCUUUCACAAAGAAGAUCUUUGUUCACCAAGUGUGAUGUAAUAAAUCUAUCAAUUUUAAA